CACACCCCUGCCCACAUUCUCUGACAUACGCCUCAAUUUCAACGUUUACGCGGCCUCUGUAUCAACUAGUUUAACUAUGGCCGCCGCUAGGCGCUCCCCAUUAGCACUUGUCCUGCUUCCUUUGGACCCAGAUCUGAGUAGAAGAGUACUUCACACAUUGUGGCUCAAUCAUCGGCCAAGCGGCCCUGUUCUUCUUUAUCCGCCACCACCACCACCUCCUGCAACGACGAGCUACUGAGGGGAGCGAUGCCCCGUCAGGAUCACCAACCCUUGAACCCAGCAAAACAGCAACGGCGCGACUUCCGCAGGGAUACCACAGGGCUUGGAACUUCCGCCUACAGUCCAGUCAAGAAACGAGAUGCGUACAAAACCCGCACCCGUGUCAGCUAUAUCGGACUAGACUCCGAGAUGACCUCCCUUAGUCGACGGAUAGAAACACUCAAGGCUCAAGCUCAACAACUGCGUAACACUCGCGCAUCCAACCUUCAAAGCGAGAACGAGGCCACCACCAGCUCCUAUGCGACACCUCACACGCCGGUCAGCACGACAGAAGUCCCAAUGGCGCUAGACCACAAGACUGGAGAUGCGGGUGACUGGGUCGACACUGACAUGGAAGACGAAGGAGAAUCAGACGCAGGGGAAGGAGAAGGAGCAGAGAUAGGCCGUGCAGAGGCGGAAGAUAAUGGCCAUGACUCAGAAGUCUUGGAUGUCACUGCAGUGUAUGACGAAGAAGACGACGACGAGGACGAUCUACCGGCGCGGUUACGGUCCUCGCUUCCGCUGUUCCAAACCCAAACGCUGUACGGACGAUGGAUAGCCCGGAUUCCACAACUUGUAUCCGUCUACCUCGAGUUCCUGGAAGAAACCACAGGGAAGGAACUACCGCCUGACCCCAGGAGUAUCAAGCGACGAUGCGACAAUCCCGAGUCCCACGUUUUCGAGAAGACUGUGAAUAACACGAUAUCUUUUACAUCUGAAGCCUUUCACGAAGUCUGCGCCGAGGGAUGCGAAUGUCACCAUCCAGUUGAAGCGCUCGUACGAUACGGCCUGUUCCCAACUGCCCCAACUCAACCUCGUAUGGCUAUCUAUAUGCCUCUAUUGGACCUUUAUAAUGCCAUUUUUGAGAAGACCUGUGAUGCCAUCUACGCCAUAUCUGGCGCCUUGCAAACUUACUACGAAAAAAGGGGAUUUGUCUUACUUAACCGGAAGAAGGAAUAUGCAAAAGACGGUCUUCGCAAGCCAUUUGGUCUGGCAGUGCAGUGGUACGAUCGACUUCUGGGCCAAGUACGCAUCCGUUUGGAGGCAGCGCUUAAGGAAGCCGACGAGGCGGCCUGCGAGUUCAAACUGAAGCAGCAGUCGUCAAAUUGUCCGCGAAGUAGCGACCAUGACGCCGACAUUGCGCAAGCGCUUCUAAACACCGCUAAUCCAUCCGCUAAUGGCGCAGCAUCCCCAUCGACCUCAGCGCCGGAGACCCCGACCCAGUCCACUCUGACUCUGGGGGAGUGUGACCGCGUACUUCGACAGUUCUGCCCAGCAUGCUUUGGUGGAGAUGAGUUCGGACUGUCUUUGGACAACGGCGGCGACGCCAUGAUUGCCAUCGAUGGCAAUUUCAACCAUCGACAUAAUCGAGGAGUCAAGCAUUGUCCUAAGUUCUACGAGCCUGAACAUUUCCUGUCCAAGGACUACGUCGAUACAAUCGGCCAACGAAUGCGGGAGGCGAGAACGAAACCGAAGCGGGAAGUUACGACGAAAGUCCCUAAAGAAGCGGUCAAAGCAUGUCAGAAGUCUCACCAAGCAGGGAGUGGGUCGAAUGUCAAGACAUGUCUCGAGAAGUUCGAUGCCGGAGGAGUCAUGGCGGCUGUAUGCCGUCACGACAUACCAUUGUUCGCGGCAAACAUCGACACCGCGGGUGAACAACAGAAAUAUGCCGUUGCUCUUAUCGAGAAGAUUGCGAGUCUGAUGCCGCCCAACGCCACUUUGGUUGUUCUAUACGACGUCGGGUGCGUUCUCGAUCGAAGUACACAACUUCACCCGAUUAUGGCCUCCAGCCUCACCGGUCGUUUGAAGUUCGCUACGAGCGCCAUGCACGCGUACGCUCACCAAUGGGCAUGUCAACUCGGGUACAACCCCCGCUUGCAAAUCGGACUUGCAUUGAGCGACGGGGAGGGAGUGGAACGGAUAUGGUCGUUGCUCAGACGACUGAUAGCAAUACAACGCAACUGCUCGGCAGAAAAACGCAUUUGGCUACUCGAUCGACAACUACAUUACAUCAACAGAGCGUUCCGCGAUGAACUAGGAGAUAUCAUUCGGCGUCGGCUCACCAAAUCAGUUCCAAAGCAGGAAGCGGAAGCUUCCGCCAUCCUGGAAGAAAUUGAGAUUCUCAGGGACGAUCUCGAGAAACAAUGGCAAGACCAGAGAGCCACGGAGAUGUCAGUCAAUGCAGGGUCCAAGGCCACGGGGAAGAAAGAGAUUGAUGCAGUCAUCAAUGUCCAAGCGGAACUCAAGGCCAUGGAAAAAAACCUCAAAAUCGCGCGGAAGGUUCUGAAGAACAGCAAUACCAAGGCGGCGAAGGCGCAGGUGCAGAAAUUGGCAGCGAAGUCGGCAGAGAUGCAGGAAGCCGUGGACAACAUUUACGAGGCUCUCGACGUGGCCCAAGACCUCCCCGACCUCGAAGGCGUCAGUUUCGAAUACAUCCGCGAAUUACUCCUAUUGCGCGAUGUCAAGGCAAGCAUUCAGAAGCGAGCGGUUGGAAGCUUUUUCGAGAUCGACCGUCUUGAUCAAGCUGUUGGAGGACGAGACGCGACCAUAGGAACCAAAUUGCACCAAGCGACGCGCAAGUCCAUCCAGCGACGCAAGCCUGCGCUAAUGCGAGCGAUCCACAAGCACAACGAAAUAUGUACCAAGCUGGCGAAGCUCCAUAAGCGGAAAUGGAAGUUGCCUCUGCCCAAGCCCCUCCCGACAAAACUCGGUGACCUGCGCAAUUCCCCCGCACUUCUCGAGGACGUCUGGAUUACGCGUAUCAAUGGACCGAUGCCUGAAUGGCUAGAAAACCCCGAUGUGCGGCGAGGCAUACGCGCCCAUCUCAAGCUCAAACGGUGCUCCGAGGAACGAAUCCGAUUAGGGCGCGAAGCAGACAAUCUCUCCCGCUGGUAUGGGCGUGAAUCAACUGCAGUGGAGAUUGCCAUAGCUCUUCCAUCGAACUCUGACAUUCGGUUCAUCCUCUUACAGCAUCGAGCUCGAUUGGCCGCCAUUAAACAGCGCUGGAUCAAUGGCACGUCCACACCUAUCUGGGCAAAACACUCUACCGCCUUCUCCAAACCCAUUGUUGAAGGUGUCCUUGGACGUCCCGUACCACCUUCACCGAUCUUUUGGGUUCAUGAAGUAACGGCAGGUAUCGGCCCCAAUUCAGCCUCCCAGCCCGACGAGGACGACGCGCGCACCCUGGUUGGCGACGAGGAAGAUGAGGACGACGACGGUCUACCUUCUGAGACUCUCACCUCAGAGCACGUGCAGAUGACUGAGUGGCUCUCCUCCGAUGGAACAGAGGGCGAUGAAGACGAAGACGAGGAGCUGGAAAACGUCGUAGUGAAUUUGGAUUGGUCCAUCCCUGAGACUUUAAAGACGGGUCCUAGCAGUCUGCUGACAUUGCUUCCCGACGAGAGCAUGUCAUCAGACACGCCUCCGACACCACAAAGCCGAUAUCUGGUGGUCGCAGCUAAUCCGCGGAAUGUGCUACAUGAGUUUGAGUUUUCCGACAUUAACAUCUUGCAUUCACCUGAAGAACGACUCAACGAUGUGUGUAUGAACUCGGGCGGAGCCCUACUCCAGCAACAUCUCAAGGCCCACGGGAUAGCCGACAACUGCGCCCUGCUUUCUACGUUCACCCUGGUCCUCAUCCGCCACCAUAGCUCGUCCGAUGAUAUUUGGAGGCUUGUUCGACGUUCGGAGUAUUGGAAGAAGGACGUAUGGAUCCUCCCCAUUCACAGGACCUAUCCCGACGAGCACUGGGUCGUGGCCGUCUUGUAUCCAAAGAACGGGGAGGUAUAUGUCUUCGACAGUCUCGGGGCGCGAAAGCCUUGGAAAGGGGAUCUCAAGGAAGUCGCUGUACUCAUUGCGUCGCUGAACCAUCUAGCCACUAAGCAUGGACAUUCGUUGGGCUACAGGAUGUCUACCGAGUGGACCGCCCGUCCCAUGUCGGUAGUCUCGCGACAAACCACUACCCACAGCUGCGGUUUAUGGGUCUUGUCUGUCAUAGUGAGCCUUUUCAAAGGGUUCCACAUGGCGGACAUUGGAGAAGCAGAUAUUACAGUUUUUCGGCGACAACUUUAUCUUCUUAUUAACCAGCUCCCGUCGCAAGCACCCCCUCGUAAACAGUAG